AUGUUUAAAAGAAGUGUGUCUAGAUUAUUUUGUGCACCAGCACCAGCACCAGCACCAAGAAAGCAACCUGGUGGUAGAAUUCAGCCAAUUGGUGUAAAUUUAAAUCAAUCGGUAAAAAAACAAUUAAAUCAUUUAGAAGUAUUAGAGAGAAUUAAAAAACAAAGAAAAGAACAAAAAAAUAAUAGAAAUCAAGUAGACCCAAUCAUUGCAAAAGCAUAUGAAGAAUUAGAAGAAGAAGGUUUUUUUGACGAUAAAAAUAGAGAAGAUUAUUAA